GUCUGAGCUGGUGUGUGGAGUGCAGUGAAGCCUAAGGAAAACGAAAGUGGUGGUUACCUUACCUUUCUAGCUUCUACUUCUACUUCUUCUAAUAUCCCCUUCUCUUGCCGCUAUUUCCCCAACUGCCCUUUCCAUCUCUCUCUCUCUCAGACAUACAUUUUCCAAGAAAGAAAAACAGCCCACCUCUUCUUCUCUUUGUGGCUUACUAUUGCUGUUGCAGUAUCACUUUCUUGUCCUAAAAUUCUCCAUUUUCUCAGACAUUCACAACGGUCUCUUUUCUCUACUCUCACUCUUCUUUCAUCUCCUUUCUCCAAUUUCUCUCUAUCUCUCUAUGGAGCCUCAUGCUUCCGCUGAGGAUUGUUGUGUCAAAGUUGCUGUUCAUGUCAGGCCCCUCAUCGCCGAUGAACGGGCUCAGGGUUGUAAAGAUUGUGUCACUGUUGUCUCCGGAAAACCUCAGGUACAAAUAGGCACACAUUCAUUCACUUUUGAUCAUGUCUACGGGAGCAGUGGUUCUCCCUCAUCUGCCAUGUUUGAAGAAUGUAUUGCUCCACUGGUUGACGGCUUAUUCCAAGGAUAUAAUGCAACAGUUCUUGCUUAUGGCCAGACAGGAUCUGGGAAGACAUAUACAAUGGGAACUGGCUUCAAAGAUGGCUGCCAGACAGGAAUAAUUCCUCAAGUCAUGAAUGUUUUGUUUAAUAAGAUUGAAACUUUAAAGCAUCAAACAGAAUUCCAGCUGCAUGUUUCUUUCAUAGAGAUUCUGAAAGAAGAAGUACGUGAUUUGCUGGAUCCCACUUCUUUGAACAAGUCAGAUACUGUAAAUGGGCACACAGGAAAAGUAAAUGUCCCUGGGAAACCGCCAAUACAAAUUCGUGAAUCAUCAAAUGGUGUUAUAACACUAGCAGGAUCCACAGAGAUUAGUGUUAUGACGCUAAGGGAAAUGGCCACUUGCCUAGAACAAGGAUCACUGAGCAGGGCAACAGGGAGUACGAACAUGAACAAUCAGUCAAGUCGUUCACAUGCAAUCUUCACCAUCACAUUAGAGCAAAUGCACAAACCCAAUCCUUUGUUCCUCGGUGAUAGCAGUCCUAAUGAGAGUAUGAAUGAAGAGUAUCUAUGUGCCAAGCUGCAUUUAGUAGAUCUUGCUGGAUCAGAGCGAGCUAAAAGAACAGGUUCUGAUGGUUUGCGUUUUAAAGAAGGAGUUCACAUCAACAAGGGCCUACUUGCACUUGGUAAUGUUAUCAGUGCACUAGGUGAUGAAAAAAAGCGCAAAGAAGGUGUUCACGUUCCUUAUCGAGACAGUAAACUGACUCGGCUUUUGCAGCUUAUGUUUUGGCAGGACUCACUUGGUGGUAACAGUAAAACUUUUAUGAUAGCUUGCAUUAGUCCUGCUGAUAUUAAUGCCGAGGAAACCCUUAACACUCUAAAGUAUGCAAAUCGUGCUCGCAAUAUCCAAAAUAAGCCUGUUGUAAACCGAGAUCCCACGUCAAGUGAGAUGCUAAGGAUGCGCCAACAAAUAGAAUUUUUGCAGGCUGAACUUUGUGCCCGAGGAGGAGUUUCUUCCUCAGAUGAAGUUCUGGUUCUCAAGGAAAGAAUUGCCUGGCUUGAAGCUGCAAAUGAGGAUCUUUGCCGAGAACUUCAUGAAUAUCGCAGCAGAUGCAUUGCAGUAGACCAACGUGAAAUAGAUGCUCAAGAUGGUAGCACCUUUUAUGGAAAAAAUGAUGGGCUUAAAAGGAGUCUUCAUAGUAUAGAACCUACAGAUUAUCAAAUGGGAGAAACCAUGUCAGGUGAUUCUAGGGAAAUUGAUGAAGAGGUAGCAAAAGAGUGGGAGCACACCCUUCUGCAGAAUACAAUGGAUAAGGAGUUGAAUGAAUUGAAUAGGCGUUUAGAGGAGAAAGAGUCGGAGAUGAAACUUUUUGAAGGGGUUGAUACUGCAGUUCUCAAGCAACAUUUUGGCAAGAAAAUUAUGGAAUUAGAGGAUGAAAAGAAAGCUGUGCAGCAAGAAAGGGAUCGUUUGUUGGCUGAAAUUGAAAAUCUCUCAGCUAGUUCUGAUGGGCAGACACAAAAAUUGCAAGAUAUCCAUGCUCAGAAAUUGAAAGCACUUGAGACCCAGAUUCUUGAUCUUAAGAAAAAACAAGAGAACCACCAGCUUUUGAAGCAAAAACAGAAGAGUGAUGAAGCUGCAAAGAGAUUACAGGAUGAAAUUCAAUCUAUAAAGGCACAGAAGGUUCAGUUGCAACAUAGGAUCAAACAAGAGGCAGAACAAUUUCGACAGUGGAAAGCCUCUCGGGAAAAGGAACUGCUGCAGUUGCGAAAGGAAGGGAGAAGAAAUGAAUAUGAAAGGCAUAAACUGCAAGCUUUAAACCAGCGCCAAAAAUUGGUUCUUCAGAGAAAGACAGAAGAGGCUGCAAUGGCCACCAAGAGGCUGAAGGAGCUACUUGAAACUCGUAAAUCAACUGCCCGUGACAACUUAGCUAUUGCCAAUGGAAAUGGAACAAACGGACAGAGCAAUGAGAAAUCCUUGCAACGUUGGCUUGAUCAUGAGCUAGAGGUCAUGGUGAACGUGCAUGAAGUUCGUUUUGAAUACGAGAAACAAAGCCAAGUACGAGCUGCACUUGCAGAUGAGUUAGCCGUGUUGAAGCAAGUAGAUGAGUUUGCCUCAAAGGGGCUAAGUCCUCCCAGAGGAAAGAAUGGAUUUUCUAGGGCCUCUUCCAUGUCUCCAAAUGCAAGACUGGCCAGAAUAUCUUCACUUGAGAACAUGUUAAGCAUAUCAUCUAAUUCACUUGUUGCAAUGGCUUCACAACUUUCUGAGGCAGAAGAGCGGGAGCGUGGAUUCACCAACCGGGGACGCUGGAAUCAGCUGCGUUCAAUGGGAGAUGCAAAGAACUUGCUUCAGUAUAUGUUCAAUUCUCUGGCAGAUGCAAGGUGUCAUAUAUGGGAAAAGGAAAUGGAAAUCAAGGAAAUGAAGGAACAGUUUAAAGAACUUGUAGGUCUCUUAAGACAAAGUGAGAUACAAAGAAAGGAGGUGGAGAAGGAGUUAAAACUGAGAGAGGAAGCUCUUUCAAUCGCUUUGGCUACAUCCACUUCGGCUCGCAAUGAACAAGCGGACUCCCACAAUUCACUGAAACAUUUUGCUGACGACAUGAGCGGUCCCUUGUCUCCAAUGUCUGUGCCAGCACAGAAACAACUUAAGUAUACACCUGGUAUUGUUAAUAGUCCAGUCAGAGAUUCGGCAGCAUUUAUAAAUCAGACAAGAAAGAUGGUACCACUUGGGCAGCUGUCAAUGAGAAAAUUAGCAAUUGCUGGACAAGGUGGGAAGCUAUGGAGGUGGAAAAGAAGUCAUCACCAGUGGCUUUUGCAAUUCAAAUGGAAGUGGCAAAAGCCAUGGAGACUGUCAGAAUCAAUUAGGCACAGUGACGAAAUGAUCAUAAGGGCAAAGCACCGUCCACAUACUCUGCCACGUGUACGCUGAUAUUUUGUGCUCGGCAGAUUAUUCUUGCCUAAUACUCAUCUUUGACCUACAAGUAUGAUCCCAACCAUACACGAGUAUGUCUACAACAGAUGGAGUGCUGCAGGUGGCUGUUGUGGAGCUCUCUGCUUAUAGCUGUAUUGGAUGAGCUGAUUUUGAAAAAGAUUAGGUUUGAAAUCUUAGAAUGCUUAUGCUGUGAUCAGUGCACUCGGAGCAUCUAGUAAAGCAGCGCUGAUGCUGCUGAUGAUUCGCCCGUAUGUUUACAAGAAGAUAUCCAGAGGCCUGAGAUGGUGUUAGUAGUGAUACACUGGUAAAUGAUAUCUUGCUUUAGCUUUAUAGUGUUUUGGUAUAUAAGAUAAGGUUUGUCAAUAACAACUCUUUGGGGGAAGGAAACCAUCCCACAAAUACAGAAAUGUAUAACAAAGGGCCAGUUUUUUAACCCCCUUUCUUUUUGUUCUUUUUCCCAGUUGUAAGUUUCUUGGCUAAUUUUUUCCAAAAUUUAUUAUGUGUUAGCACGAUUUGCUUCUACAGAAAGGAUUGAAUACUAGCAUUUUGUCUUUGCAAAAAGAAAAAGUAUCUUGUAAAUUAUUUAC